AUGCAAAACCAAAGCUUUGUAACGGAGUUCAUCCUUUUGGGACUGUCACAGAAUCCAAAUGUUCAGAAAAUAAUAUUUGCUAUAUUUUUGUUUGGCUACGUUGCAACUGUUGGGGGCAAUUUGUUAAUUGUUGUGACUAUUGUCAGCAGCCCCACACUUCUGGGCUCCCCCAUGUAUUUCUUUCUGGCGUUCCUGUCUUUCCUGGAUGCAUGCUUUUCUUCUGUCAUUGCCCCCAAAACAAUUGUAGAUUCCCUCUAUGAGAAGAAAACCAUCUCCUUCGGAGGCUGCUUUACUCAGCUCUUCACUGAACACUUCUUCGCAGGAGUGGAGAUUAUUGUGCUCUCCGUCAUGGCUUUUGACCGCUAUGUGGCUAUUUGCAAGCCUUUGCACUACUCCUCGAUCAUGAACUGGAGACUCUGCGGCAUUUUGAUGGGAGUAGCUUGGAUAGGAGGCUUACUCCACUCUGUGAUACUAAUUCUCUGUACAAUCUGGCUGCCCUUCUGUGGCCCCAAUAUCAUCGAUCAUUUUAUAUGUGAUUUAUUCCCAUUGCUGGAGCUUGCCUGCACUGACACUCAUGCUCUUGGUCUGUUUUUGGUUAUUAAUAGUGGGCUGAUCUGCAUUUUAAAUUUCUCCUUGUUGCUUAUGUCCUAUUACGUCAUCUUACGCUCUCUCAGGUCUCACAGCUCUGAAGGCCGGCGGAAAGCUCUCUCCACUUGUGGGUCUCACAUUACUGUCGUGGUUUUAUUUUUUGUCCCGUGCAUAUUUGAAUAUGCACGACCACCAUCUUCUUUCUCCUUUGACAAGAUGGUAGCUAUAUUUUAUACUAUACUAACUCCACUGCUCAACCCUUUUAUUUACACUUUUAGAAAUAAGGAGGUGAAGAAUGCCAUGAGGAAGUUGUGUACCAAGUUUUGGCUGGUUUCUAAGGAAAAAUAA